AUGUCUGCUCGACGGAAGCCGUCCCGCAGCUCCGCCAGCUACAACGAGCCUCCGCCCAACGCCACUAUGGAGAACGACAGCACAAGCCCUCACCGCACGUCUCUAGCACGGCUCUCGCCUUUCCUGCCCACCCGCCUCGAGCUCCUCCUCCUGUCGAUCUAUCCCGCCACUCUGGUGCUCGGUUCCGUCUUCUCCAUCGUGUCGCCGACGACGCGCAACGCGCCCUACAGCGCCACGACCCAAUCGCAUCCCGUCGACCACGCGCCGUCGUACUUCGCCCAGAAGAAGAACAUCUUCAACGUGCUAUUUGUCAAGAAGGGUUGGGCAUGGACGACGGGCGCGCUGUUCCUGUUCGUGCUGACGCACCCGAGCCUGGGCCCGCCCAUGCGGCCCGUCCUCACGCCGCGGAGGGUGCGCAGCGUGCUGCGCUGGGCACUGGUCACGCUCGCCUGGGUCUUCGUUACGCAGUGGUUCUUCGGGCCGCCGCUCAUCGACACCCUCUUCCGCUUCACCGGCGGCCAGUGCGAACUGGUGCGCGACCCGAGCGCACGCGAGGCCAUGUCUGACACCCGCGAGUAUCUCACGUCGGCAACGUGCAAGGUGGCCGGUGGCGUAUGGAAAGGGGGCCAUGACAUCAGCGGGCACGUCUUCCUGUUGAUCUUGGGCAGCCUGCUCCUCUGGCUGGAGAUCCUGCCCGCUGUGCUGCGCUCCGAGGGCCUGCGCGACGGCCGCCGAAUCGUCAUGUCUGACGGCAAAACACGCACGGCUGGCGCUGAGGCUCAGCGCGAGAGCCACUCGUACUCGGCUGUUGACGACGAGAAGGACCCUGGGCUCGGGGUCAAGGUGUCGUUGGGGGUCAUGGCGCUGAGCUGGUGGAUGCUGCUCAUGACGGCCGCCUUCUUCCACACCUGGUUUGAGAAGUUCACCGGCCUGCUCGUUGCCUUUUCCGCCAUUUGGCUAAUCUACUUCCUUCCGCGCGGCGUGCCGGGCUAUCGUGCCGUCAUCGGCAUGCCUGGCGUGUAG